AUGGAGUCGCGGGAUACCGCCGAGCGGUCUGUGUCACCAGAUGACGACGCUUUGCACGACCCUUCGUUCCCCGGGCGAUCCAACGCCCAAGGACCGCCCAGCAUCAUUUCUUCUCGAAUGACCGACAUUGCCUCCGACGACGGCCAUGAGACCGAGCAGCCACCGCAUGGAUCCGGAAGCCCCAUCAAAGCCACCGGCGACGCAUCGUCAAGGCCGGGAACUGCGAGAACUGGCCUGUCGAGUUCCCGCGAUACCUGGCGGCGGCCUCAGUCCUUGCGCAGGAGUCACAUGUCUGGCCUUGCUCUCAAGAGAGUCAGCACGGGUGGCGGAAGCAUUGGGAACACCCGGCCACCGAGUUCAACAAGCAGGAGCCAUGUCCCUUCUCUCACCUCCCAUGCGUUCUUUCACCCCUUAAGCUCCCAAAAGCUACAAGCUCAGCGAGGAGGUCCGUCACGCCCGCAGACCGGCAACCCUCAGGGGAGUGGGGAGGAACAACUAGCGGGAUCCAGCGGUAGUGCUAGCGGGGCGAGACACAGCAUCAUCUCCGACCCCAUGGCACGGAUACAAAAGCCGACGAGCGACGACGACGACGGCGAGAUGCGCUCGCCUCCUUCUCGUGGCACCGAGUUCACCGAGCAAGAGACUCUGGAUAGAAUAACGGCGAACACGAGCCCGACCCACGGCCACACCGCCGCCGGCAGCCUCACGGACAGCGUCCGGCCUCUCCAGAGACCGAAUGAGUCGCGGAACCUGAAUCUCACCAUCAACGUGGACAGGAGUUACAGGAACUUGGGGAGCCAGGCCACUCCUGUAAAGUCACCCCGGUCCUUCCGUUCCAGCUUUCUGCUUCCGGGGAGAAGUGGAGACGGGCAGAGCACUCCGAACAGGACGCUUCCCGGCGCCGAGAAGUUGUCGUCGACUGCAUCUUCUCCUCGACUCAAUCCGAUAGAUUCCCAGAGACCGGCUGAUGCUUCCAAUCUCACUUCGUCACGGACCAAUCUGGGCUACGCAUUCCAGUACUUUGAGGGGAACACGGUCUUUUGCAUUGGAGGGAGGUUCCAGAACACGAAGCACCGGCCGAUCAAUAUUGCGACUGGCCUGUUCCUCGUCUUGCCCGGUGUUCUCUUUUUCGUCUUUUCCGCUCCGUGGCUAUGGCACAACAUCAGCCCGGCCAUACCCAUCACAUUUGCAUAUCUGUACUAUAUUAGCGUGUCGUCCUUCGUACACGCCUCGGUGUCUGAUCCUGGUAUUCUCCCUCGCAACCUUCACACCUUUCCUCCUGCAGACGAGAACGAUGAUCCUCUGAGGCUGGGGCCGCCGACGAACGAUUGGACGCUGAUAAAAUCUUCGGAAUCGUCCACGGCCGCCAUGGAGGUGCCUGUGAAGCACUGCAGAACCUGCAACAUCUGGCGGCCACCCCGCGCCCACCACUGCCGUCUCUGCGAUAACUGUAUCGAGACACACGACCACCACUGCGUCUGGGUCAACAACUGCAUUGGCAAGCGCAACUACCGCUACUUCUUCGCUUUUGUGGCAUCGAUGACAAUCCUAGCGCUCUACUUGCUCGGCGCUUCUCUCUGCCAUAUCCUCGUUUACGGGGAACAGGCCGGUUUGUCCUUUGGGAAUGCCAUCGGCGAACUUCGCGUGCCCUUCGCCAUGGUCAUCUACGGCUUUGUAGGGUUCCUCUACCCGGCUGCCCUCACGGGUUACCACAUUUUCCUGAUGGCGAGGGCCGAGACGACUAGGGAAUACAUCAACUCUCACAAGUUCGUCAAGAAGGAGCGGUACCGGCCCUUCACGCAAGGCAGCAUAAUCGAGAACUGGUUCGUUGUUCUCUGCCGGCCGCGGCCCCCUUCGUACUACCAGUUCAAGCGCAAGUACAGCCCAGGCGACCAGCGUCUUGGCGAGCGAAGGGAUAUGAAGCCCUCGAAGGACUCGCAAGGCGUAGAGCUACGCGAUGUCAAGCCGGCGUCGGACUUGCAAGGUCCGAGGUCGGACGCCAACAUGGUAUGA